AUGCUCUGAUAAUAAGAAAUGUGAGAACUGACAUAGAGAGAAAUGUAACAUGUAACGCAGAAAACACCUUGACAGAUAGUGUGGGAAAGAGUGUUGUCGGGACUACACUUGUAACCGUUUCAAUGGAAGUGCUAUACCCGCCUGAUGUUCAACGUCUCCAGAACCAAACCGUGCUACUGAACAAUUCUCUCACAGUUGUGUGCAAUUUGACUCGUGUUGGUAAUCCACCAGCCUCAAACUAUUCAUGGAUAAGGAAGGACAUUGGCAGAGUGAUGGGUACUGGAAAAACACUUAUAAUAAACAACAUUAGAUUGACAGAUGAAGGGGAAUACCAGUGCAAUGCUAAUAACAGAAUGCAGCCAAUAACUAACGACGUUCUAUACGGAUUAAGUCAGUCGACAGUCUAUAUAAAUGCUGAAUACGGAGCAUAUGUACGGGAAUUCAAAUCAAAUCAAUCACACAAUAGCAUCGCUGUUAACCAGGGUGAGACAGUAGAUCUGUUGUGUGUUGCAGAUGGUGACCCUGAGCCUGUGCUUCGUGUAAUGAAUACUACCCGUGGAAAUGAAAGCAUCUUGAUUGAAAUAAAAGGACGUGAAGCUAAAUAUCGCAUUCAACAAGCACAAUGCGAAUAUGAUACUGGAAACUACACAUGCUUGGCUGAUAAUCGUUAUAACGAAGGGAGACAGUUAUUUGCUCUUUUAGUUUACUGCAAGUGUAUCUUAUUAAACUAAAUAGU